AUGUCGGCUAAACCUUCAAAUUCAACAGAAAAAAUGAGUACACGUGGUGCAACAUUUGAACGUUCAAAUGUUGUACGUGAUCCAGUUACAGGUGAAACAUUUAUACCUGGUACACAACGACCUGAUGGUACAUGGAGAAAACCAAUACGUGUACGUGCAGAUUAUAUUCCACAAGAUGAAAUGCCUGUAUAUCAAUCUAUGGGACAACAAACACAAAUAGAAACACGAAAACGUAUUGAAAAUGGAAAUCUUAUACCUGGUUUAAUUUUAACUGAAGAAGAAAAAAUUUUACGUGCAAAAAAAUUAGAAAAAGAAGAAAAACAAUUAAGAAAUCAAAUGACUAAAUUAACAACAACAACAAAAACAACAACACAAACACCAGAAGAUAAUAAAAAUAAAGAAAUGAAAAAAAUUCAAAAAUUAUUAAAAGAAAUUAAUGUUUUAGAAAAACGUUAUAAAGAAGAUUCAUCAAGUUUAGAUAAAGAUCAAAUUACUAAAAUGAAAAGAAAAGAUGAACUUGAAAAAAGACUCGAAGAAUUAAAUGAUCAAGAUUUAGAAUAA